CCGCCAAGCCAUAGAGGCCAUAACUGAUAACCAUUUUCUUUCCUGUCAUCCUUAGGCUACAGCUAACUCAGACGAACUCACCCAAGCUUUGAAAUCACUCCUCGGCCUCUCUCUCUCCUCUUUUUUUUUUUUUCUCCAAGAAAAAAUGUACACAAAAUAUGAAGAAAGUAGUUAGCCAUGGAAUAUAAAAGAGAGCAAAGAAAAUAAUAAACAAAUAAAAAACCAAGAAAAAGAAGAAGACACAUCUUGAGAAAGACAACUCUCCCUCCACCAAAUGCCUUAACCAUUUCUUGAAGACUAACCCAUUUCACCAAACGCUCCAUUAAACAAACCCCAAAAUCCAACACUAAUUCGCCACCUCGCCGGAAAACCCCUCUGUUCCCUUCGGAGCCGGGGGCGAUGAAGGGUCGUAAGAACAACAACCUCUCCAUUUUCGUUGUUGUUUUCUCCAUUUUCUUAUUUGGGGUGUUCAUGUACAAUGAGGACGUAAAGUCCAUAGCCGAGUUCCCCUUUUCUAGGCCCAAAGCUCAAGAAAUCCAAGAAUCGGUGCCCAAACUGAGCAAAACGCCGGCGAAGGUGGUCGUGGUUGAAGAAGCCAAACCGGAAAAAAACGAUGAGUACAAAGCAGUGAAGAAUUCCCAAACUUCGCUCGAGGAAACCCCGGCUGAGGAUUCUGAUGAAACCCCAGAAAAAAUCAAGUUGGAACCAAGUAAAGAAGAGGAGCAGAAGAUUGAAUUGCCAGUUCUCGCCGGAGGAGGAGGAGAAGAAGAAGAAGAAAACGACGACGGUGAAGAUGUCGUUUUGCCCCCGGAAGAUUGCGAUUUGUUUACAGGGGAAUGGGUUUAUGAUAAUUCUACCCACCCGUUGUAUAAGGAAGAUGAAUGCGAGUUUCUCACAGCUCAAGUGACUUGUAUGAGAAAUGGAAGAAAGGAUUCGAUGUACCAAGGUUGGAAAUGGCAACCCAGAGAUUGCUCUUUGCCCAAGUUCAAAGCAAGAUUAUUACUAGAGAAACUGAGGAACAAGAGGCUCAUGUUUGUUGGGGACUCACUAAAUAGAAAUCAGUGGGAAUCAAUGGUUUGCUUAGCUCAAUCUAUUAUACCUCCGGGAAGGAAGAGCUUACAAAAGUCUGGCUCUCGAAAUAUUUUCAGAAUUGAGGAUUAUAAUGCGACAGUGGAGUUUUAUUGGGCCCCAUUUUUGGUGGAGUCAAAUUCAGACGAUCCAAACAUGCACAGUAUAUUGAACCGUAUAAUAAUGCCUGAAUCAAUCGAUAAGCAUGGUGUCAACUGGAAAAGUGUCGACUAUCUUGUCUUCAACACAUACAUCUGGUGGAUGAACACUUUUUCCAUGAAAGUCUUACGAGGAUCGUUCGAUGAAGGGGCCACAGAGUACGAUGAGAUCGAACGGCCAGUAGCAUAUGGAAGAGUUUUGAGGACAUGGGCUAAUUGGGUGAACGAGAAUAUAGAUCCCAAUCGUACUACUGUCUUCUUUAGUAGCAUGUCACCUCUUCAUAUCAAGAGCUUGGACUGGAAUAACCCAGAUGGCAUUAAAUGUGCCAAAGAGACUAUGCCGGUUCAGAACAUAUCGAGCCCACUUGAAGUGGGGACGGACCGCCGGCUCUUUGUGUUAGCCAAAAACAUAACCCGGUCGCUCAAAAUUCCGGUUCACUUCCUCAACAUAACCACUCUCUCUGAGUACCGUAAAGAUGCACAUACUUCGGUCUACACCAUACGACAGGGCAAGAUGUUGACCCAGGAGCAGCAGGCUGACCCGGCCACGUAUGCAGAUUGCAUACAUUGGUGUCUUCCUGGGUUGCCCGACACGUGGAACGAGUUCCUGUAUACACGUAUCAUCUCUCGUUCUUGACACUUCGGUCAAUUUUUUUUAUUUUUUUUUUCACUUUUUUUGGGGGGGUCGUCCGAAUUUUCUUAUUUUAUUUUUUGGGUUCGUUUACUACAACCUCGGUUCGUAUAAAUUUCCCCUAAAUCUGUCUUCUUUUUAGUUUCAUAUAGGUUUCGAGUCACUUCGAUUUUUUCGUUCUUUGUUUAAAGCCGAGGAUGUCAUUUUUGACAAGUGGGCAAAAUUUGCAUAGGCCGACAAUGGGCAAUUUAAUACGCCUACUUGAAUUGUACUUAACAAAACAAAAACAAAUAAAGUAAAUCAAAAUUGUACGUAAA